UAGCCAACCCUGUCCCUGUGCUCUGAACCAACCUCCUAGUUGAAUGAAAAGUGGAUGUUUUCAAGGCGAAGAUCAACCUCUUUCCUUCCGAACUUUAUCCUGAAGAUUUGAUAUAAUAAAGUCAGAUUACAUUCUUAUAAAAGCCCCGCAGAUCAUCAAAAUGCUGCCCAUCUUUUGGCUAAUUCUCUUUUGCAGGGUGAUUCUGGUUAUAUCAAAGUUUCCGAUAAUCUUAAGAUCUAUGUGGUUGCUUCUAAGGUGUUGGAUCAGCACCAAUUGAUCUCUCACGAGCGUAUUCACUUUAAUGGUCAAUUGUAUGCGGGUCAUGUCCACGCCCAGCACUCCUCUUCUUGCUUAGCCCCCCUCAAGGUUUACAUCUUAUCUUUAUCACUAGGUUAUUUAAGAGCACCACCACCCACUUCACUUGGCAAGAGGGCAGGGCAGGGAAAACAGGCUUCUAAGUAACCUCGGUAAAGCCUUUCACUCAAUUACUUUGCCAGUUCGAGGUCCAAGGAAGAAAACCCUAUCAAUAUCAAAUUCAUUCUAUCUUUUUUCAAAAAGUAAAGGAUAACUGAUGAAACUCAGGAUUAACCCAGAACGGAUUCUUCUCUUGUUUACUUAACUCGCACAGCAAGCAUCUUUUUUCUUUCUUGAUCCUGCAGAUGACCUUGAUCCAGUCCAGCGGAUCAAACUCUCUCUUUAGCCACUAACCCUUUAGCCACUCUGUCUAAGUAGCUUGGCGGAUCCGAGGCAGGAACAUAAGAAUUUGCCAUAGGGGAAAGCCAUGGUCAACUUCAAUUAUAGUCAAAGCACUGAUUCAUUCUCAUCGCCAACAACCCCGAUCCCGCUCCUACUCGCCUGGCAGAUCUAAUACAUAUAUCUUAUAUAUCUUAUUUCGAAAUUCUAUUAGUGGGGCAUAUACUCUUGAAUCUUAUAAAACAUUUCACCCUCUAUGGCUCUUUCAAUUGAAACAAAGUCAGAUCUUUGAACCGCUCUAUAGCAACAAGUAAUAUAAGUAGCUACUAGGCAAGUAAGUAUAAGUCAGUUUCUAAAGAGAAUCACCAGUGCCAAAGGAAGCAGUUAGAGCAGAGCCCGUUCAACCAGGAGUACUGAUUAGGAGUUAGCCCGUUCAACAAGUCUUGUUCCAAUGAAUAAGGGAAGCUCGGGAGUGGAAAUGCAGAAUUGUUGCCAGUUUCCAGAGGUAUAUGGAUAAGAAUUAAGGUAGAAACAGAUCUCAAGUAAGGUUAAGUCUCGGGAAGCAGCCCUUAAGUGAAAUGCGGAAGGAGAGGUCGAAGAAAGAGAAUCAACAGUUUAAGGUCCAGUGAGAAAGUUGGGUUAAGGUGCUGCCCCAGUUACAGUUCUCAAGUUUCGUAGGCCUAUGAGGUUGUGCGGCUGUUUCAUCUUUUCUCCUUUCUAAAGAGAAUACUUAAGUGAUAUUGAUUUGAUUAUGUUGCUAAGGCCUAGAUGCUAAGUAAUGAAAUACUAGAUGCAGAGAAUUGGUAAUAUGUUUAUUAUACCUUAUCCGAGUACCUAUCUUGCUACACCCUCCGCUUUUUGGCACAUUUGAUUAGAUUCAACUACUUACAUGGGACCUACUUAUCGAAACAGCUCUUUUUUUCACUCUAGGGUUUACAAGCCCCAACAAGUCCAAAUGCCCCUUUGCCAUGAUUUGUUACCAGAGUAGAGGGAUAGAAAUGAGAUACUAAGGCUCCCGGCUAUAUACUAAUAAGUCACUGGACUACCAGGAACAGGAGCAAGAUCAUAGGUUCUUAUGCUUCCAAGUAGAUUGAAUUGAGGCCUAAGCCUAAUAGCAUUAGUUCGCAAAGAUAUGAUCUGAUCAAGGCUUUAGUAUAGUAUCAGCAUUGGCCCUGUGUCGUUGCUUGUUUAGUAGUGUAUUGGCGAGUUAGAUAGUUAGAUGAUAAAACCAAUUGAGUUAGAUGAGCCGGGGGUAAAGCAAUUUCUAGGCAAUUCCACUCUGAGUUUCUUGUUUCAGGGUGGUUGACUUAAGAAGUUAUCAGAGGGAAAAGAUCCUCGUUCACCAAUUCCCGGGCAACGCUCCUACGCGCAACAAUACCUAUGGAUACAAUGAAUUUCACCCUGCUAGCUCAUCUCUGCUACCUGAAUGAGGCUAAUCUACUGUAACUUACUCUACCACCUAGGGUAGCAUCCCUACUUUGCUCACUCGAGCAGGAGCUUAUACUCCCUCUAUUUAUUCUAAGUCUAUAUUUCUACUUACUGCGUCUAUAUUUCUACUUACUGCGCUAGAUCUCUCCCCGAACUGUUUGUUUCAUUGAUGCCUGAACAGCAACAUUGCUUGGUAUAUAUUUAUUCAUUAUUAUUCCUGUUGUGCUGGGUAUAUAUGUAUUUUCUAUUAUCCCUAUUGAGGAUUUCUCUUUAUAUAGGAUUCCAUUUAUGAUUCAACUUGACCAGAAGGAAAGUCAACUCUUAUGAAGCUAGCUCACACCCCGCCGAGUCACUACUACAGUUUGAUACCUAAAUUAGGCUCAUCCUUCUCCCGCUCCUCUAUCGUAGUCAACAGCCAAGUCAACAAGCAGGUAGAGUGAAGAGUGACUGGGCCCUGUUCCUGUUCUUUGAUUCUUUAGCACAACAUCUGAUACUGCCUCCACUGCCUCUGGUAAAGCACCAAACCCAUCUCUAACCUUAACAUCAAGUAAAGACUUAUUGUCUACCAAUAGGGAUUCCACUCGGUAUUAAACUCUAAAUCCUGUCUUCGUAUAUGUUUUCAGCAGGAAAUCACCCGAGCCUCUAUUUAUGCCGGGCCACAGGAGGACUUAUGUCUUUGACUCCAAUGUAAGCUCAGAGGAACUAGGGAAUAAAAGAAUAUAAGAAAGAAUAGAACUCGCAUUCAUUCAUUUAGAUAUAAGAAAGAAAAGUCACCUAACUCAACAAUACCUCUCGGGGGGCGAGAAUGAUUCGAGCCGUAUGAGGAGAAAGGCCUCCUAUAGUUUAUGGGGGAGGAUUGAUUCUUUACAUCUAUACCAGUUUCUGGGGGAGCAUUGUUUCUUUACAUCUAUACCAAUGAGCCAUCUAUGGAAUGGUUUCAAUUGAUGUUCGAUCCCGAGGAUAAGGGGGAGAUCUUUGAAAAGUGGGUUUUGAUGAUCCGAUAAAGAAGAAAACGGAUUCAAACGUUCCCAAUAUUCUAUAUUUCCUUGAAAAGGGCGCUCAACCUACAGGAACAGUUUCUUACAUUUGUCAAAGUCAGUAUUAAUUUGAUUUCAAGAAAAACCAUUCAUAAAAAAAAGGGAUCUAAUAAUAAUCUCAAUAAAUCUUUGUAUUCUUCUUGACUAACUCUGAAGAAAGUCAAUUCACACCUUACUUAACUUAUAAUGUACACAAAUAGAAUGGAAUGGAAAAUGGAAUGGAAUAAGAACAGCUGCUCGAGUCGACAUCGAGACGUUACUCGCCCUCUUUGAGAUGAUAGUUGACACCUUGCCUUACUUAGUCCUUGCCUUACUUCUAAUUACAUUUUAUAGAAUUCUGUAACCUCACACCUUACUCUCUGAAAUUGAUUCGAGACUUGAUCCCAUCAGAAUCUAGUAACCACAGGAUGAUCCCAAUCUCCUUCUUUUAGUACAAUAAUUGGAGAAAGAAUGAAAACGAACCCUUGCCCGCUUUUAGAUAGAUUCAUAGUACUGUGACUUAUGGGCUAACAUUCAAUGGAUUGGAAAGAGGAGCACGCGAUGUUACUAUAAUGUAGUGUUUCAGGUGUGCCAUGAAUGGCGAUUUGGGAGUGAAUCUUCCCUUUCUUUAUUAGAUGCUAUUUCGACUUCUUCUUCCAGUGCAUCAAAUUUAGGGUCGACAGGUUACGCUGCUAGUCUACAACCGCCAGUGGUUCUACCUAAGGGAAUUGUUCAAUCUAAAUGCUACAGAGCGAGUGCUCUUCGUGUAGUGGUGGAGAUGGGAUGUCCUCCUUAAUAAGUUAUUCGACAUUAAGGUACUGUACUCUAUAGGGAGGCUGUCUAUCGCAAAUCCAAGGUGCUGAAAGCCUUCGCACGCGCAAUUACUUAAAUAAGAGCUUGGAGUCAUCGCAACAAAAAGAGUGAUUACACUCGAAAAUGAGAAUACCAUUUUCAUUCUGGAUAAGGAGUGGAGGGCCUAUUGGGCUUCAAUCCAAAAUAACCUCGAGCAGGCUCUGUCUCAAGACGAGUAUAAAUGAUGACUCUAGUUCUGGAAUCGGUAUCUCCUGAUCAGAGCGCAAUUCAUGCUCUUUUUCGAAAGACGCUUGAUGAGCAUCUGUACUUGUUGUAAAUGCCCCACCUGAUGAUGCCGUUCUUUGACGAGACGCGUGCUCGAUGAGGAACUCCCGCUCCGCCGCUAGGACAGGGAGGAAAUAAGUCUAUUGACUCAAAUGUUCGCGAUCAACUUAUUACUCAGCUCUUUGGAUCUAAAUCCAAUUCUAGGGCAUAUUGAUCAUAAGGAUUACGGUUUCUUAGGAAUUAUGCCGUCGAUUUCUAUUAUCUCCGUGAUAGACUAAACUCAGCCCUGCCCUGUUACACAUUUUCCAUUCUUUUGGUUACUUUACUCAUUCUUGUACUAACUCCUCCAUAUGCGGGGUUUUCUUACUGGGGUGUAUUGGUAAGCCAGCAACCAGUAAUGUAGGCGCCACAACUCCAAGUUCUUAUCUAGUAAGAAAGAGUGUUCUGACUGAUGAGCGAGUGAGUCUGACAACAGCCCGUAAUUUGGAAUAUCUCUGCGGAAACUCUACUCUACAUUUGGAAUAUCUCCGCUUUGUAAACCCUUUAGGAGAAUUCCAGUGGAUUAUGCUAUGCUAUGGAAAGCAUGCGAAACGAAAUCCUUUGAUUGCUUAUUAUGGAUAGUCAGUCUUUCUUGUUCCACUAGCAAGGCAAGGACUAAAUGAUCACAUGUCAGUUUCGUUAUUACAACCUUCUUUUUUUAUGGCAAAGACAAAAAGCUACGCGCAAAUUCUCAUUGGAUCUCGCUUGUUCUUAACUGCGAUGGCUAUUCAUUUAAGUCUUCGGGUAGCACCACCAGAUCUUCAACAAGGUGGAAAUUCUCGUAUUCUGUAUGUACAUGUUCCUGUGGCUCGGAUGAGUAUAGUGACUUAUAUCGCUACGGCUAUAAACAGUUCCUUAUUUCUAUUAACAAAACAUCCCUUUUUUCUUCGCUCUUCCGGAAUCGGUACUGAAAUUGGUGCUUUUUACACUUUUUUGACCUUAGUUACUGGGGGGUUUCGGGGAAGGCCUAUGUGGGGCACCUUUCGGGUAUGGGAUGCUCGUUUCACUUCUGUAUUCAUCUUGUUCCUUAUUUACCUGGGUGCACUGCGUUUUCAAAAGCUUCCUGUCGAACCGGCUCCUAUUUCAAUCCGUGCUGGACCGAUCGAUAUACCAAUAAUCAAGUCUCCUGUAAACUGGUGGAAUACAUUGCAUCAACCUGGGAGCAUUAGCCUAUCUGGUACAUCAAUACAUGCUCCUAUGCCCAUUCCAAUCUUGUCUAACUUUGCUAACUUCCCCUUCUCCACCCGUAUACUAUUCGUUCUGGAAACACGUCUUCCUAUUCCAUCUUUUCCCGAAUCCCCUUUAACAGAAUCAAUAGAAGCUCGAGAAGUAAUACAAACUAACAAAAACCUAGUUCACUCGCUGUUGCAUCCAUGGCUCUGAAUGGUAAAAGCGCCC